UGCAAUUUAGAGGUUAAGAGUUAACAUAGACAAACGGAAGAUCGUACUGUCAGUGUCAGUGCCAAAUAACCUUCAACUGUCAUUGCGAGUGUUGCCAGUGAUAAAAGUUAAAAUACCCGAUUAUUACUACCAUUACGUUCCGUUUUACAUAAGAAACAUGGAGGCACAAUUCGAAAAGUACUUCGCAAAAAUGCAAAAAGAGAUGCAGAUUCAAACCGAUUUAAUAACUGCUAGGAUAACGGAUAAAAUAGAUGAAAAACUGAAACCUAUAAUAGAACAAAAUGAAACAUUAAAAAAGAAGGUGGAACAAUUGGAGAAGAAAAUAGAAUUUAUGGAGAAUGAGAAAAGAAGCAACAAUUUAAUAUUACACGGGCUACAAGAAGGGGAAAAGACCACAACAGAAUUAAUAAAAAAUGUCCAAGAAAAGUUUCUGACAGAAUUAAAUAUAUCGAUAGAAGCUGUAGACAUAAACAAAAUUUAUCGUAUCGGAAAAAACAAAAAAGGAGAGAAGCCUAGACCAACGCUCCUAUCCUUUGUGAGUGGAUGGAAGAAGAUGGAAAUACUAAAAAACAAGAGCAAGUCGAAGGAACUACAGCUCACGGAGGACUACUCUAAAGAAAUUUUAGAAAAGAGGAAGGCAUUAAUACCACAACUUAUUGAAGAAAGGAAAAAAGGAAAUGUCGCCUACAUUAGAUACGAUAAAUUGAUAAUCCAAGACAACGCAAACACAAAAGACAGUAGAAAAAGAGAACUGUCCAUUUCCCCAUCAACUAACACGCAAGCAAAAAAACAACAAACCUCUACCUCAUCAAUGAAUAACAAAACAAAUGCAUUUGAUCUGAUGAGAGCUAGAUCUAGCUCAAACUCUUCUGAUUAUGUGAGGCAGCGGUCAUCAAACGGACCGGAAGAAUCAGCAUAGCAACUAAAACAAACAACUAAAACAUUAGGUCCCAACCCGGCUGGUCCCCGUGGGACGUCAGACCAACACCCUC